ACAAAUGGCUGCUUCUCAACCGGUCAUAUCUGUUUUAAUUGUUUCAUGGUUGAAACCAUUGAACCGAGCCGCACAGAUUUCUGGAGCGAUUUGCAACUCUCAAAUUUUUAUCGCAUGACCCGUAGUCUUUGCGGUGUAAACUCAUCCUUAGCAUCCGGUUUUCAAAAUGGAUGUUGGCUCGUGGAAUCGGUCCGUUACACUUGUAUAAAACGUGUAUGACGCAUCUUUCAUAUUAAAUUAGAAAUAAAGGACUUUAUUAUCGAAAUCGUGGUUAAAAAAUGGAAAACGAAAGUCUUCACAGUGAUUUCAAUCCAAAUGGUGGGCUUAAAUUGCCAAACGAUGUUGGAUUGUAUUGGAUUCAUUGCAAUCGUUGUUAUGAAAUAUAUGUUCACAAGCGAAGGCGUAUAUUUUUGUUGGCUUGUUAUCACACGAUAUGCGAAGUAUGUGUAGGAGUACCUUCCGCUAACACUGUAACUGUACCAAAUGAAGUUAAUUGUCCUCUUUGUAAAAAAGUGCAGCGUUUUCGUGUGUUAUGUAACAUGAUGCCAUCUCAUUUUAAAGAACUCUUUACUCCUGAACCAUGGCGGGAACCGACAGAACGGGUUUUAACUUUUCAAUCAAAUCAGCGCCAAAGUUUCCUAAAAGCCAUGUCCCGAAAGAGUACCGAGUUGGAAGAAAUUAAAAGGAAACGCAAAUUAUUGGAAAUAAAAUCAAAAACGAAAUAUGAAAAAUAUGAGCAGUUACAAUAUGAGCGCAAGCGAUUGGAAAGGGAAGUACGAAAAUUAAAGGAGCAGGAGCUGCAACAAAAAAGUAAUUGCAUACAAUCAACACGAGCAAAUACUUAUGACAACAAUGCAGUCUUCAAUAUGAACUCUUUUUCUGGAGUUAAGGGAGCAGGAACAGAUAAGAAUUCAACAAAUCGACGAUUUAGUCCUUCUCGAAAUGUUUCGAACACUUCAUUUACACUCCUUUUGUAGUGAACAUACACAAAUGAGUCAUAUGUAUCGAAAACAAGACAUUACUUUUGUUCGGCCAAGUUGAAAAGUUAAUUUUUAGUUUUUUAAUAUUACAUAAGUAUGUAUAUGUAUAGCUCGAAUGUCAUUCACUCAUCGCUACUUUUUAAUGUAUAUUUUGAAAAUAAAUUUAAUAAAUCCCUUUGGCGUAUAUAUUAGGGUGCCCCCAA